AACUAAUAAAUUCACUUGGAGAAAUUGUGUAAAUUAUUGUGAUUUAAAAAUUAUUAUUUAGUGUAGCCAAUUGAACAGUUGCAAAUAUUGUUCGCCUCACGAUCGACAUACACUUUGGUGGCAUGAUAGCGCGUAAUGAGAGAUCUUCAGCAGCAGCUGCUAAUAGAUCUUUGGCCAUUACAAAUCAGAAUCGACGUCAGACAGAUGUGACACAUGGCAAAUUAGCGGCGCCGCUCGUAGCACACGCCGGAACACGUCGACGUAUCGGUGGAGAUGGGGAUGGUGGCUCUGCUGACUGGCGCAAAAAACGGGAGCCACCAUCGCCGCCACGUCGCUCAGAGCAACCCACCAUUGCCUCUACAUUGCGUGCCGCCAGCAAUCGCAAGAGAGUAGCGACAGAGAAGCCGACGACGCCGCGAAAGACGCGUGGCUCCGCUAAUGGGGAUAAGAUUACAGAUCGCUACAGCACAAACACCAAGUCAAAACAGUUGGAACGUGUAUAUUUGGGCCCUCCACGUAAGAGUGCCGGCGGUGUGUUGAAACAAAAGAAGGAUAUUGUGGAUAUCACUAGUGCUAUCAGAGUCGAGGAUGAAUUAGCUGCGCCCAUAGCUGUGCCGCCAGAACUCUUAGAAAGAGGCAUACAAACAAAUGAAGCGGAGAUUGCUAAUCAUGAUCUACUCGUUGGAGACAUUAAGCUUUUGCUGCCGUCGGCGCAGCUGGUGCAAGAAAUUGAAAAAAGUCGGCGCAGCACAAAAGCGAAGUUGGAUCGCCAAAUGCAGCGCAAGUUUGCGUCUCACGAGGAGGAUGAGGAGCAGCAUUUGGAUGAGCUCAAGGAGUUUAUGGAGCGCAAUUGUGUGAGAAAGCGCGUUCCUAAAAAGCCGCCACCAGCGCUUUUGCCCAAUUACGAUCCAAAUCAAUUCAGAAACGUAUUCAAGUCCAUGGAUGAAUUCUUUACACAUGACGUACCCAAGGCUGAAUCAAUUACCAAUAUUAAAGAUCGCAUUAAACGCAAGGAAACAGAGCUUAUGAGUAUGUUCGAUGAUGUGGAUAGCAAGAUCUAGAGCAUAUUAAAAUUUUCUGUUAAAUAUCCAGUUUUAGAUUUGAGAGUAUGUAGUAUGUGCCAUGUCUAUUAAGAGUUUCAGUGUCAAAUUCAUAUUUUUAUUAAUGGGUUGAUGCUUAAGCUCUUAAGUCUCUGCGAAUAUACAUUUUAAAUUGC